AUGAGAACGGAUCAUUUACAGCGUUUAGAAAAUGCUUUGAGGACCAGUGAUCAGAGCCUGCCCGUCACCGAAAACGGUGCAAAAGUGAACCAAUCAAGAAAACUUAACGUAUUUUCGAAGUUGUUUGAUGUGCGGGACAAAAAUAUAAAAUAUAGAAUCGAUCCCACGAUUUGUGGCCGUACAGGCAACGGGGUAGUGCAUGUAGAGUUUAUUGUAUACCGGAAAAAAAAGGAAAUCGGCAUCUUCCAGAUCAACAACACACAUACAUUGGGAAACAUGGUGCUAUCGCUAUUAAACCGACUUGGAGUGCGCUGUAAUGUGAAUACUCUGUCAAUAUACGUGGAUAACUUUCUGUACGUUAAUGAUGUGAAUAGCUACACGGAGACUACGAAUUACCAGCUCAGAAAUUGGAAUGGCCAUAAAAUGGAGGAUUUAAUUCUAUUUAACAGCCUUUCUUUGAACAGCAGACUGGAGAUUCUUUAUGAGCUGCGUAUCAGGAACAUCAUAGGUAGAAAUAGAGAAUGCAAAGAUUUCAUAAUGAAAAUAUUUGAAAAAGGGCACCAGUGUGUUAUAUGUACCAAAAAUGUAGCAAAAUUCGUUUUAACAGAUGAACCUUUGCUGGUAAAAACGAAGAAGUACGUGUGUAAAACAUGUUUCGAUCUUUUUUACUGCGAUGAGCUGGAUUUGAUAUAUCCACAUUUGAAAUAUUCAAAAUUAAAGUGA